UUCCUCAUAAAAGAGAGAAAAAAAAUCGUUGUGGAAUUUAGGAUGAUGAUCAAACACUUCCAUGGGUCGUUCCGAUUGAAUUGGUAACAGCUACAACAACGAUUGCUGUUGAAACGGAGCUUGAAGAUUAAAACCUUGGAUCACUUUCCCAGAAGAACGAAAGGAGAAGAGAAAUUCAUACCAGAGCUUUUUGAUGAUCGAUUUCUUGAUAAUAGGGGAAAGAAAUGGAUCCAGAACAAACGUUUAUUCGAGUUCAAGAACGGUUUUCUCAGAUUCUGACUCCCAAAGUCAGAGGCACUCUGGAGUAUAUGAACCUCUGUAUAGCCAUUACGUUGUUCUGUAUUCUCGUGGUCAUGCACGCGAACUACGUACAGCAGCCUGGUUGCUCAAGUGAGCUCUCUGGAGUUGAGACAACAGAAGCCCAACUUAUUCAAAAUAAGAUAACUACCGCAGGCCUGUGGUCACCAAAUGACUCUGAACUUAAUAUUGAAGAUGCCCCUGGUGGGGAAACUGUGAGAGAAAGUUUGGAGGUUGCAAAUGAUGAAGAUGAGUUGACAUUUUUGGCUGCCAAGUUUUGGUUAAAUUGGUUUGGUUCAGGUGCUAGAAGAGGUAAGUUGGCACCGAAGCUCUGGAAAUCGGAUAUAGAGUUUCUAGAACAUCAAGCAGAAAGUACUGGUGUGGACCAAUGCUCAAGAGCAGCAGCUGAUGAUACAGUCAUUAAACUUGACAAAGAAGAGCUCCAUAUUAGUUUCCUAAUAUCAGUCGAGGAAACUUUUAAGGCAGCAAUUGUUCAAUUUGGUAGAAGGUGGAAUCGACAAAUUUUAUUUAUUUGUAGACAUACAAACCAGAUCCUGACCAGCGUAUGGAAGCUACCUAAUGUUGCAGGGAUAAAUUUGAAUCUUGAUGUCUCCAAGUGGUGGCGCAUUCUUCAUCAGGACAGGCUCCAGUCAGCUGUUGUGCAAUGGCUCGUGAGAAGAAGUAAAAGUUCUGAACCAACGUACUUAUAUACUAGGGAAAAGGGAUUUUUUUUAUUACCAGAAGGAGCUAAGUCUAGGCAUAAUAUACAAACAAUUAAUAUCAGUAUACCAGCUCAACAUUCAUGCUUUGGAAACAGAUGGCAGAAACUUCUCAUAAACAGAUUUGUUGGGUAUGAUACUAUCUUGAUGAAUAGUUUACUGACGUUUCCCGGUCAAGGCUAUCUUUACAAUUACCAAACGAAGGAGUUUUACAAUCUUAGCUAUGCAUUUGAGCCACCAGAGGGCCCUGCCAGAUUUGGAGACUACUUCGUAACCAAGUGUGGUGUGCUCAUGAUGGCACUUUUCGUUUUCUUCACUACCACUAUGUCAGUGUCAUUUACUUUGAGGGAGACACAGACUCGCAUGUUGAAGUUUACAGUGCAGCUUCAACACCACGCUCAGCAUCAACUCCCAACGUUUCAGUUGAUAUUUGUGCAUGUAAUCGAGUCACUUGUCUUCGUUCCAAUUAUGAUCGGUAUUCUAUUUUUCCUGUUCGAGUUUUAUGACGAUCAGCUCUUGGCUUUCAUGGUCUUGAUCUUGGUGUGGUUAAGUGAAUUAUUUACACUAAUUAGUGUGCGGACUCCAAUAUCAAUGAAGUUUUUCCCCCGCUUUUUUUUGCUCUAUUUUUUGGUUUUUCAUAUUUAUUUCUUCUCGUAUGCAUAUGGUUUUUCAUAUUUGGCUCUUUCUACUACUGCAGCCUUUACGCAGCAUUUGAUUCUAUACUUUUGGAACCGCUUUGAGGUACCGGCUUUGCAGAGGUUCAUGCAAAACAGACGAUCUCAAAUACAUCAACAUCCAGACUUCCAUAUUACCUCUUCUGCCAUUCUUGCCUCCACAUUACAUAUCACCAGGAAUCCUAAUGCACUAAAUACAUAUCCAAACUCCGGACCUGAUUUGAGACCUACAUCUGAAACCAUUCCCACUGGACUUGGAGGCGUGACCGGAGAAGUUUCCCGUCCCUGGGAGCAAACCGAAAAUGGUAGCCUUGACCGAGCCCGCAACAGGAUUCAAAUUCCAGGACAGCAUGAACUUGGGCAACCGAGGAGUGCAAAUUCUUUUAGUUCUAUGCUGUUUCGGAUCCUAGCAGGAGGGGCUACUUCUGAAGGAAUGAACUCAUUGCGUUCAAUAUUCCGAGAUGCAUGGAACAAUGGGAAUCAGAAUGUUCGAUAAAAUUGGAUUUUCAUGAUUGAAAAUUGAUCCACAGGUGUUGUUGAUACUCCCCAAAUAGUGUAAGUUUUUUUGCAUAUAACAAUGAAAAAAAUGUACUUCAUACCAUUUAAUCUACAGAGAAAUCUC